GCAUUCAGUUGACGGUUACAUUUCAACGCAUUCGCAGGUGGAAAUUCAGUUGACGGAAAACACUACAGCACUUGUAGUGGCACAUGAGAAACACAAAAACAACAAUCAUAAUAGUAGCCAAGUAGCGAGCCGACUUUGAUGGGUCUAUGCAGUGGCAGCAAGCCUUCAAGUACAAAACAUUAAACUCCAAACAAAGCCGCCGUGGUGGAUUUUAACGUUAACGAUGCGUAUCGGAAGCGCAUGUGUACACAAGUUUCAACAAAUAUUUGGACUAUAUUGCGGAAAUAAUUAAAAUAACAAAAGUGGUAGAAGAAAUAAUCAGCAAAAAAAAUUACUAACAUUUUUUCAUUGCGAAAUUGGGUUACGUGCAAAAAAGAGCAUAAACAACAGUGUUUAAUUUGUGGUAAACACAUGCAAACAUAUGUAUAUACUUAUGUAUGUCGCGUAAUUAAUUAGAAGCGAAACAUCAUCGAAUUGCAAAGAAUGUUUGUGUGCUUAAAAAAAUCUGUUGGUGCAGUUUGUGCAACCGAGUGUGUGAUGGCGAGUUCAAGAGUAACGAAUUGCAGCAAACGUAGCAAAACUAAUUGCAACGUCGAAAACCCAAAAGCGAUUUGCAAAUGCUAACUUGCUGCUCUGCCACAGCCAAUAAAAGCUGCAACAAAGGGGUCAGCGGCGCGGCGCGCCUCAUCGAAGAGUGCAAUAAAAGACUGACUGACUGCACAUCGAAAACUUGAAAGUGGACUGCAGCAAAUGCUUGGAAUUCGAGCAACGAUAACCAAAGUGUUGCAAGUCAAAUUAGUGCUAAAAAAAAUACUGCUAAAACCGUUAAUUUAGUAAUUUAAGUGGUGUUCAGUUUCACUGUCAAAAAUUUUAUGUCUUUAGAACAAAAGCAAAAACCUUGUUGGCUGAAUUAAUAGCGAAAUACCCAAUUAGACUCACAUUUAACGGUAAUAAAAAUAACAAAAACAACAAUAAGCUGUGCAAUAUUAUUCCAUUUGGCGUCAACGCGAAUUUGUGCAAAUUCCAAACAAACAUGUGACAGCUUUGACAAAUGUGUUAAACGGCGAAACAACACAAGUCCAGCAGCAUCACAUAUCGCGGGUAUUUUCCCCCAACGCCAACAACAUCACAUACGAAGACAGUUAUUGAAGCAUACAACAUGUUGACCGAUUGUAGCAGCAUUCAAGGCUCCACGGCGAGCUCGUCGAGUGACGUUAUGACACUGGCCACUACCUCUUCCUGGUGCGCCAUGAGCAUACCUUCCUCGGCGGCGGCGGCUGCGGCCGUAGCGAGCACACGCCUGCGCAUAUUGCGUCUCGUACGGCCGCAUGCGCGCCGCAUUUUGGUCACGCCCGACACCAGUCCGUCGUUCGGGUUCACCGUACGUGGUGGCAAAGAGUUUGGCACCGGAUUUUUCAUAUCAAGUGUGGAGCGGAACAGCGAAGCCGAACUUAAGGGAAUGCGUAUUGGUGACCAAAUUCUGCGAAUAAAUGGCUUUCGCGUAGACGACGCCGUUCACAAGGAGAUAAUACAAUUCAUAACCAACCAGGAUAGAAUUACCAUGAAAGUGAGGAGUGUGGGAAUGUUGCCGAUCAAAGACAAAGACGCAGACAAAUUAUCUUGGCACGCGGUAAAAACUUUCACGAACGGCAGCAGUGCCUCCUCCGAGAGUUCUUAUAAAGUCGCGCCCGAACGCGAAACACGCAACAAAGAGGUCAAUAUCACGCUUGAUGUAGCACCACGUACAACACUCGGACUUGGUAUUUGCAAAGGUCCCGAGUGGAAACCCGGAAUUUUUGUGCAAUUCACCAAAGAAAAGAGUGUGGCACGCGAAGCUGGUCUACGUCAGGGCGAUCAAAUACUCAGUGUCAAUAGCAUAGACUUCUCCGAUGUGCUCUUUAGCGAGGCGGUGGCGGUAAUGAAAAGUGCUAGCAAAUUGGAGAUGAUCGUACACAAAGCAGCCGGAUGCGAUCUAUUUCCGGGCGAAUCAAGCGGCUACAACAGUUCGGCCAGUUCGGUGACAGGCGAUCAAAGCCCCUGCUGGGCGGAUGCGAAGUCAAAGCGUUUGACAGCGGUGCGCGAAGAAACAACGACCGCACCGAUUUGGAAUGAGUCGUCAGGAGCAGCAGCACCGUACGUCGAUCAACAGCGAUGUGCUGAUCAGCAAGACGGCUGUAACAAGCAUAAUAGAGAUGCACCGGAAAAGAAACCAGUCGGAAGCCAGCAACAAGUCAAUAAAACUAUUAUUAAAUUGUCGGAGCAGGGCACAUCUAUUAACAACACAUUCGUUAGUAGCACACAACCGGUAGCGAAUGGCUCGCGGAUCACAAGUGAGUAUGGCGUACCAAGAUCAGUGAACACUGUCGGCUCGCACGAAGCAUUGCCGAUACCACCGCCAAUGGUCCCGAUGAACUCUAGUGGCGCUUCGUAUAUGACGCGAGAGGAACGGGAGACCAGAACGGUGACGGUGGAAGUGCACCGUCAACAGGCGGACGAGACAAAAAGACAGCAACAGCAACAAAAGCAAAUUCAACAGUUGCAACAACAGCGCGUUGAAUUCAACAGUCACUAUCGCCACAACACGCUGCAGCCAACACAUUCUUUGCCCAGCCACACAACGCCAACGAAGCAUCCGGAAUUCCACAAAUGUCUACGCAACAACAGCACACAGCUACAACAGCAACCACAGCAACAAACCACGCUAUUUCAACAGUCGCAACAACAGCAAAGUACACAGAAUUACCGCAACACGCGCCAAGCCGACAGCAGCUCGCUCUCCAGUGCCAUAACCGAGGAGCUGAAAAAACGCAAAGAGAAACAGCGACUCAACGCGGCAACAGCUAAUAACAACGCAAACAACAACAACAAUAUCAACGCGCACAACCAAGGCAAUUAUAUAAACAUCAACGGCAAGCAGAACCAUUACAGCCAGUGUAGGCAACAGCCGCCACAACAACAGCAGCAGCAGCAGCAACUUCAUCAUCACAACACGCUCCAUCAGCCGCUGGCACUAAAGGCACAACAGCAACAACAACCGCACUAUCACACCACACCACUGUCGCCGUCUUCAUCGUCGCUUUCAUUGUCUGCUCCGCCAACAUCCCCAACGGCGACUUCCGCGCCUGCGCCCGCGCCCUUGUCGGCCUCCAACGCUACGACAGCCGCGUUGAGUGCUCGCGCUGCUAGCAACAAUGUUAAUGGCAGCGAGCGCAACAACCACAGUCACAGCAGCCACAACAACAACAGCAGUAGUCAAAACAUUCCGACAGUUGGUACCUCAGCGAUUGCCGGUGUCGGUGUUGGCGCUGGUGAUCAGCACAGCGCGCUGAUGGACGAGUUUAAACGUGCCCACCAGCGCAUGUUCAAAAACGGGUUCCAAGAGACUGAACGCAAGGAACGGCAAGAGGCGCUACGCAAAACAACCAUGAUGGAGGAUGAUGUCAAUCAUCGCGCUAGUCGCAUGCUGCGCAACGACAAUGGUCCGAUAGCAAACGGAACGCAAUUCCAGAUACCGCCACCGCCGCCGCAGUUUGCCAGCUCACCACCAAGAAAUCAACCGGUACAAUAUAACACAAAUAACAACAACAACAAGUUCACUGCGCAACAACAGCAAUUGCCGCAGAAAACGAACAACAACUACAAUAAUGGCGUAACGACGCUUAAAGCACCCACAGAACAACCGCCGAAGCCGCCAGCCACCCCCGUGCCCGAUUACGACAAUGUGGAAAUACGCACGAAGGCAACAACAAUAAGCAGUAGUGUACGACCGUCGUACGGCUAUGCCAGCACGAAUAUAGUCACAAAUGGACGCGAUGCAACCAACGACAACAACAACAGCAAUAAUAAUAACAACAACAGACGCACCCUGCGCGCAGGCUCCAUAACAAUCGGCGAAUAUGAGCAGCCACAACAGCGGCGUGAGCCAGCCAAAUUCGACUUCGUGGGCACGCCGAGACGCAGUAACGGCACUGCGUUAGAAGCCACCGCCGACCAACUGCAAACGGAACUACAACACACUUUGACACGUUCCAAGCUUAAGAAAUCGGCGGAACUGCUGGAGCAUCAGAGCAACUGUCCGCUGCGCAGCAGUUACGAGAAUUAUGAGAAUGUGGCCAGAAAGCUGCACGGUGUGAGCAUAAAUGAGGUGGCCAACACCGCGCCACCACCCAUGCGAUUGAGUAACGGUACCGGAAAUGGCGGCACUAAUGGCAUUCUGAAGAACGGAAAUCGCCAUAGCGGCAGUGGGGGCGGCGGGUCAAAGAACUCGGAUAAAACCAUCACAUUCGGGAAUUGAAGCUUGAGGCAAAUAUAAAAUGCGAAAACUUCUGGGUCCAAUGAUGAAGGAAUCGAAGCUGUAAAGGGAACUAAGUAGUUCCACAUUUUGCUUGAAUUAUUUGUAUUAUAUAAGCAGUAAUUGCGCUCCGUCGUUUGCUAAGUUUUCUAGCCAUAUAUCUAAAAUAUUUGGGUACACAGAAAAACUUGUACUUAGUGUUAAGUUUAGUUGUAGAGGAUUAUUUUAACGACGUACGCUACUUUCUGUAAAAAAAAACUUGCAAUUGUAAAUAAUAUUUGCUUCUUAAAACUGUUAAAAUGCGAAAAAUGCACAAAACUUCGGUUGUGCAUGUCUUCUCUUUCACUAUUUUAUGAAGCAUAUCUGUAAAUAACCACAAAUAAAUAAGAAGUCUUGGAGCUCCACACAAAUUUGCUAAGAAAAUAUAUAUCUAUGUACAUAUGGUAUAUAAUGUAGAAUAUAUAAUAUAUACAUUUAAAUAUUUCGUAUCUUUAAUACAUAUAAAAUAUAUAUUUCCAAAAGGCAGCUUAAUCACAAGCUAUUGUUAUCACAUUUGUAACUUUGUAAUAAAACCAUAUACAUACAUACAUACACUCAAA